UUUUGCCAGCCCCUGUCAUAGUGGGGCUCUAACAUCAGUUUACUCUUCUUCACUUUACUACAGAAGAAGAAUGUUGAUCCAUGACGUCAGAAAACCCGAAGGUGCAAAGCCCGGUGAAGCUAGCAGGCUAGUUUUUUAAAUAAUGUAAUGUUCCAGUCAAGAUGGGGCAGACUAUGUGCAUCUGCUCCCGCGGCUCCAUCACCAUUGAUAGCAAAAAAUACUACUUCUUGCAGAAACUUGACGAGGGUGGUUUCAGUUACGUGGACCUUGUUGAGGGGGUAAAGGACGGUCGCUUCUAUGCCCUGAAGAGGAUCCUGUGUCAUGAUCGAGAAGGCCGCCAGGAGGCCCAGACAGAGGUGGAGAUGCACCAGAUGUUUAAUCACCCCAAUAUACUUAGCCUUGUGGCACACACCUUUGUUGAACGCAACGGAAAGAGUGAAGCCUGGCUGCUUCUGCCGUACAUAAGAAAGGGCAGUCUGUGGUCGGUUCUGGAGAAGCUUCAAGAAAAUGGGAGCUGCAUGCCUGAAAAACAGAUUUUAAAAAUCUUUCGUGGGAUCUGUUCAGGUCUCAAGGCCAUCCAUGACAAAGGUUAUGCCCACCGAGAUCUUAAACCUACAAAUGUGCUUCUGAAUGAGGACGACAGCCCCGUCCUAAUGGACCUGGGCUCUAUGAGCAGAGCGCGUGUUGAGGUCCGGGGAUCUAGAGAAGCAAUGACUCUACAGGACUGGGCUGCCCAGCGAUGCACCAUUUCCUACCGCGCCCCCGAGCUCUUCAAUGUGGAGAGCUACUGUGUUAUCGACGAGCGCACAGAUAUCUGGUCACUUGGCUGUGUGUUAUACUGCAUGAUGGUGCUGGCGGGACCCUAUGACCUCGUCUUUCAGAGAGGGGACAGUGUCGCCUUGGCAGUUCAGAAUCCUGUGGUCCUUCCACAACCCUGCAGUUACUCGGAGGGGCUGCAGUUGCUGCUGGGCUCCAUUAUGGUGUCCAACGCCCAGGAGAGACCGAACAUCAGCUGGGUUCUUGAGCAGGUACAGGACCUGCAGAGUUGCAGCCCAAAUACCCAAACCAAUAUGGUCUGAAAGGACUUUGGCGCACACGGAUAAACGUCUCCUAUUUUAUGCUCCGAAAUGGAAAUCCUUAAUUUAUUGACCAGUGUAAAGGUGGAAACACAGAUAUGAAUUUUGAUUUAGUCUGGGAAGUUGCGUGACAUUUUGAAUGGACUCAUGUGGUCCACAUAAGCUUAGAAUCUCCCUUGCCCGCUUUUGCUUUCCAUUGUAUACUUGCGUUUUCAAAACUGUUCUUAUGUGCCUUAUGUGCCCGAAUGAGGUCGUUACAAGAUGGAGACUCAAUGCGGAGCCAGAAGUUUUCACCAAUUAUUGGAAUGGGUUUACAAACACCCGAUAGCUCAACAAUAAUCAAUAUUUGCAUUAUCGAUCUUGUUGUGCUCGGUUUAAUCCUCACAAAAUCAUCAUCAGAUAAACACAUUUCCUAACAGCACCAACAGUUCUUUCAAAUAUAUUUUAUUAAUUGACAUUCUGUGCCAAAGGAAAGAUGUUAGCUUCGAUGACAUUGCCACCUUUUUUAAUUGUGUUGUUAUUGGUUCGUAACAUUUGCAUUUUGUAGUUUUGGUAUGUGUAACGCUGCUGUGUUUGCACAUGUGUACUAUAAUAAGUACAUGGAGUAUGGGUCAUUUUGAUAUCAUUUGUGCGUCACGGUAAAGACAUAAACGCCUUCAUAAAAAUCGUGUGAGUUGCAAGAUUUACGUGUUGCCCUUAAAAACUGCGCAGUUUAUUAUAAUUUGAAACAUCCUAUAUAUCCAAAAAUGUGAGAAGCAUAUUCAGGAGAGAUGCUGCAAAUCAUGAAACUCCAUUUGGUAGACAUAAACAUGAAAGGAAUUUUGGCUUUAAAAGUUUGAAAAAUACUGCUUUCAAAUAUUUUUUUCUUGGAGACAACUAACAUCUUUUGAUGGAUAACAGCUGCAAAAGGAAGUCCAGUGGCCCAUGUGUUUACCGUUAUUGAUCAAAUGAUAUGAAAGUGACCCAUAUAGUAAAAGGUUACCACUAAAGUUAACUCUACAAUAGUAUAAAAGUAGCAACGCCUUAUUGCAAUGCCGCUUGUAACCAUACAGUGGCGCUGCAUCAUCACAGGCGAGUUAUUACUUUUCCACAGACUGUAUCACAAACUAAACUUUUAAUAAUUAGCUGAGACGUUUUAAGUGUAAUCUUAUUUUAUUUAUUGUAUUCACCACUGCAGGUAAACAUCAAACAACAUCAACCCCCCCCCCCCCCCCCCAACGUGCUCAUAUUAAGUGUCGGUUUGCAUUCAUGUAUGACUUUUAUACACUUUUGUUCUCUCAGGUCUCGCCCUCAAUGGGUUUCUUAAUUCACUCUUUAUAGACUCAAAUGGUACAUCUCAAAAAUCAAAAUUAAAAAAUCGCCGACAACCUGAUUUUGUCUGUGAAUGAAAACACUGUUAAUUAUUUCAAUGAUAUUUCAUUCUCUGGUUCACAAAGUGUUUGGAAGUCUAUGUUUAAUAUUCCAGUAAUGAUAAACAUGAUUUGUGGGUGCUGUUUAUAAUCAUAAUUUUAUCAGUGCUCAGAAAAAAAGAAUAAAUGUCAUAAAUAGAUCUGGUAUAGUAUUGUAUGUGUGUAUUUGAUGUAAAAUUGUGAUUGAAACAUUUUCAGUGGUAUAAAGAAUUGACAAUUUUGUUCUUGUUAAUACCAUAGGCAAUUUUAAUAACAUUAGGAAUUUUAGAAAUACCUUUUUAGUAUGAUGCCAUCAAAUACAUGUAUACAUGUAUUAAAAACACACCUUCACCCUCAAAUGACAUCCAAUACAUGAGUUCACACGCAGGCAAAAUUGUUGGUAUCCUUCCAUUAAUGAAGGGGGGGGGGGGGGGCUCCUCAAUUGUCACUCAAAUAACUUGAAACUGAUUAAAAAAAAAAAAAAUGUUAUUAUAAAUAAACAUUUGGUGAAAAUGAUCUCAUGAAACACAGGUGCUGCUUUAUUUUUGUGGUCCAACUGCAUUAUUUAAAAAAUCUAAUGAAACUGACCUGGACAAAUAUAAUGGUACACAUGAAUAAUCUUUUGAGGCAAUUACUGAAUUUUGGCCCACUUCUCAUGAGACAAUAUCCAGCUUUGUCAAGUUUGAAGGGAGCCUUCUCCAGACUGCAUGUUUCAGCUCCUUCCACAAUGUUCAAUAGGAUUCAGAUGAGGGCCCUUUACUGUAGAAUCCAAGUACAACCUUCAGUGGCGAGGGCAGCCCACCCAAAACCUACCGUAGCCCACCCUAUUAAUUUGUCCUCAAAUGUAUUUUGAAAGAAAAUAUUUUUAUUUUUAUUUUUUUAAGGAAACAUUUUUAUGUUGUGAUAGCACACACUUUGGCAUUGUCAAACAAGUAAACCGUGAAAAGCGGUUGAGAAAUGAGCAACGUAUGACUUAAUUUCAAUGUCCAUGCAUUGCCUUUGAAGGGAACAUCGACCUUCCCAACAUGGCCGCCACGUAGGCACGACGGUAAACCGGUCUUGUUAUAGUCUUCAUAUCUAUGGUCAGAACCGCUACACACAUUUCCAGCUGUGUUAACACUAAUUACCAGGUAAUGCUAGAUUUACAACCCUGACACAAGCUAUGAAAUGACAUUUGACCACAUGGCGAUGCUUCAAUGUCUCCUCUUGAAUUGCUCUGUUAUCUGUCGGUAUUGACUAGGCAGGAAGGGGCUUGUAAUAGUGCGUCCUGCGAAGCUAUUAGCUAAUAUGCUAAUUAGCCUCUUGAAUAGCAAAGCGUUUUUGCACAAUGUAGCUAAAACGAUAUGAACUGUCUCGUUCAAUACCUUAUGCCAAGAUACGUGCUGUUUUUUUCUUUGUUUGUUUUAAGAGUAUGAAACGGAAAAUGCCAUUCAAAAUCUCGAACUCAUACCAAGAAAAUUUUAUUUCUAGUCAAAACUAAUUAAAAUUAGAUGCAUCACGUUAAAAAAAAUAAUUUGAAAUUGCCAGUGACGUAGAAAAAAAAAAAAAAAAACUUACUCUCCUGGAAAAAAAUGUUGUCUACUUAUUUCUCGUAAAAAAAUUGCUUGAAACAAGUGAAAAUUGUCUAAAAACAAGGUGAUGAGUCCAUGUUUAAUAUUUUGAGUUUUUGCAGUGUGGGUUUUUUUAGUUAAAAAAAAAAAAAACGCUGGCACUAUUAGGUCGCUUUCAUUGCCAUAACUGCAUGUGCUGAAUCUAGUUAAAUGCUAGUUUAGGACAAGAAACCUUAUGGAACACUGUUUGCAAAUGUCUGUUUUUCAAUAGCUGGACAUACGCUAUUUUUUCAAAAGAAGUCAGCCAGGUUCAGGUGAGAGACUAAAAAAAAAUGUUCCAAAAGACAAAAAAAAAAUGUUCCAAAAUACUAGAAUGUUUUGUGGAUAGCCAUUCUUGGGUAUUUUAAGCUUUGUGUUUUGGGUCGUGACAUGGCAUAUUUCCCUCCAGAAUGCCUUGAUAGUCUUGAGUUUUCAUUGAACCCUGUACAAAUUCGAGACACCCUGUAGCAAAGCAGCUCUCGAACGUAUCGGAACCUUCUCCAUAAAUAUAUACUGCAUAUAACUUUUUACAAAUCUUCAUUUUCGUUCACCUACAAGAGCAUUGGACCCACACAUUCAAAUGUGUAUUCAAAAUGUCUAAUCAGAAACGAGGUUGAAAGUUUGUUUGACAAAGUGCGCUUUGUAAACAACAACGAACUUAAUACAAGCUCACACCGCUUUUUCAUGCGAAGCAUUUUCACCCAUUUUCCCUCAUUUCCUGCAAUGAAAAAUAAAAAUCAACAAGCAAAAAAAUACAUUAAAACAAAAACAAGUAACUCAUUUUUCAAAUGUACGUCCACAAAAGUAAUGAUAUAAUAUUUUAAUAAUUCAUAUUAUCAUAGUUUUUUUUCUCAGUAGCGUAGGACUGCAUUGCAUCAUACUGAGGCGUUUCUAACAUUUUACUCCUCUUGCGUAGUUAAAUAGUAAAUGAAACAAAUGUUGAUUUUGGCAAAUUUCGAAUUGGUAGUGUAUAUGAUAAAUCUUUCAGGUUUUUUUUUUUUUUUUUGGUCAUAUCGCUUCAGUCUUGAAUGAAUAGUGCCCUUUUAUUACUCACCCCAGUUAUAUUUGUUUUCAUGUGCAAAUUCCCUGGUAACAAAAAUGGCUGGAUUUAUUACCCCCCCAAGUACACCCAGAUCAGUCAGAUGUCACACUUCAACUGCUGCCCCAAUUACAUUCCAAGGCACAAACACACAAAUGACCAGCCAUAAAAAAAAAAAAGCCAA